AUGUAUACAGCUUCGUUUGCCUUCUUCGAGGCUCUCUGGGAUGCGGGGGUAACCCAUUGCUUCGUCAACCUGGGCUCCGACCACCCUUCGAUCAUGGAAGCCAUCGUCAAAGGGCAGAACGAAAGGAAAGGGCUCUUCCCGCGAACCAUCACCUGUCCGAACGAGAUGGUAGCCCUAUCUAUGGCCGACGGGUUUGCACGCCUCACGGGAAAGCCGCAGUGCGUGCUGGUCCACGUCGACGUGGGAACCCAGGGCCUAGGAGCCGCGGUCCACAAUGCCUCGUGCGGACGCGCCCCCGUCCUCAUCUUCGCCGGCCUCUCCCCCUUCACGAUCGAAGGCGAGAUGCGUGGCUCGCGCACAGAGUACAUCCACUGGAUCCAGGACGUGCCGGACCAGAAACUCAUCGUCGGACAGUACUGCAGAUACACGGGCGAAAUCAAGACGGGCAAGAACGUGAAGCAGAUGGUGAAUCGGGCACUGCAGUUUGCGCGCUCGGACCCGGCCGGACCCGUGUAUCUGACAGGCGCGCGCGAGGUCAUGGAGGAGGAUUUGACGCCCUACAAGCUGGAACAGACGUUCUGGAAUCCGGUGGAGCCGGCUGCAUUGAGUGAUAGUGCCGUGCAGACGAUUACCGAGGCGCUGAUCUACGCGGAAGAGCCGCUUGUGAUUUGCGGGUAUACGGGGCGCAACCAUCAAUCUGUCGAAGCGCUGGUUCACCUGGCGGAUCGCAUUCCGGGGCUGCGCGUUCUGGACACUGGCGGGAGCGAUAUGUGUUUUCCGGCGGACCAUCGGGCUUGGCUGGGGCUCCGAUAUGGAAGCGAUGAUGCCAUCAAGACUGCAGAUGUUAUUCUCGUCAUGGAUUAUGUCCCCUGGAUCAACACUCAAUGCCACCCGAAAGAGGGAGCGAAAAUCUACCACAUCGAUGUCGAUCCACUCAAGAGCCAAAUGCCAGUCUUCUAUCUCAACGCACUCAGCCGUCACCGCGCCGAGAGCUACACCUCCUUGAAACAGCUCUUGGGCUACAUUGCCUCUCACCAGGACGGAUCGAGAGCCUCACCCCUCUCAGCCCGCCUGUCCUCCGAAGCCUUCAAGCAGCGCUGGGACGCCCUCGCCCUCUCACACGAGAAACGGCUCUCAUCCAUCGCCGCCGCCGCCGAGCCCCGGCCCGACGGCACCUUCGGCGCAGGGCACCUCUGCCGCACCCUCCGCAGACUCGUCCCCAGCGACACCAUCUUCGCCAUCGAGGCCGUCACCAACAGCCUCAUCGUCGCAGACAACAUCCAAGCCACGCGCCCCGGCUCGUGGAUCAACUGCGGCGGCGGCGGGCUGGGCUGGUCCGGCGGUGGCGCCCUGGGCAUCAAGCUGGCUACCGAGCACGAGCGCGGGCCCGGGAAGGGGAAGUUCGUCGUGGCUAUCGUCGGGGACGGGACGUUCUUGUUUUCGGUGCCCGGGAGCGUGUACUGGAUCUCGCAGCGGUACAACAUUCCCGUCUUGACGAUCGUGCUGAACAAUAAAGGGUGGAACGCGCCCCGACGAUCCAUGCUCCUGGUCCACCCCGACGGUCUGGGAUCCCAAGCCACCAACGCGGAGCUCCACAUUGACUUCAGCCCCUCGCCGGACUACGCGGGCAUUGCGCAGGCGGCUGCGGGGGGUCAGCUGUUUGCGGCGCAGGUCGAGAACGUGUCGCACCUGGAGGAGGUGCUGAAGAAGGCCGUGGCGGCCGUGAAGAGCGGGACGACGGCGGUGGUCGAUGCGAAGGUUGUGAGUGGCUGUUAG